AUCUAUUUCACCCAUGGCCAGUCAGAGAACGCCGAGUAUCAGACUUGCCGCAUGCGAACCAUGUCGGCGGGCCAAACUUGCCUGCGGUCAUGAGCGGCCUGUUUGUGUGCGAUGCCAAGAUCGCGGGCAAGGAGAGGGCUGCGUUUAUCGCGAUCACCCCUUUCGGAGAAGAAAACUGCGAAGCCAUUCAUCCAAGAACUCGACGAGGGCCGAGGAUAUCCCUGCAGUAGUGCCUUCGCCGCAACCUCAUUCCUACCCAAAUCCUGGGUACCUGGGCUCGUCAAGCCAUUCUACCAUAUUCAACGCGAUGGCUUCGUGGCCUGCGUCAGAUAAUGGGAACUUGAAUGAUGAUGGUGCAGCCCAAGAACCGGAUUUCUCUGCUUCUGGUAACAUGCUCAACGGCCAAGGCAUCGUUGACCGCGCAGCACAUGCGUUGAACCAGCUGAUCCGGACGGACAUUCCUGGGCUAAAGAACCUGGUCCAAGUCUGGCUGGAUAAGAGGGUGAAUCUACCACUGGCGGAGCCAUUCGUGGCUCGUUGUGCCGAGGCCACGAAGGACAUGGCCACUCUAUUCCCUCCCUCCACCGCCGGUCUCCGGGAUCCCAGCGCGCUGGUGGUACAGCAGGCAAAGCUGCUGCUCCGAAACACGCUCAAACGCUUCACCAUUCACAGAGAAUCCACGGUUGAAGAUUACUUCUCCCAGAUGCUUGGUGAUAAUCUGCGUUGGGAGUCAAUCGGAAUCUUCUUCACCGCAGCCAGCAGGGCAGCGAUCGACCGAGACUCCUACCCUUCUCUGUAUAUGACUGAUCAACAAAGAAGCGUUCUAAUUAGGGCCUUGACCUACAUAGGAGAUUGUUGUUUAGAGAUUUGCCUUUCGCUCGAUUGCUUGAAUGAUCUACAGCUUAUCCUGCAGUAUGAGAAUUUUAUCGUGCAUUCUCAAGUUGAUGGAGACCAAAGUUAUCACUCAUGGAGGAGGAUGGGAGACCUUGCGAGUUCCUUGUUCGCACUAGGAUACCACGAAAAGAUUGAUGCAGCUGCAUCGAAUAUCCCCCCAUUCGUAGCUGAGCUACGAAAAUCAACUUUCGCCCGCGUCUAUACGGGUGAUAAGAGCUUGGCGAUAUUUCUUGGACGCCCACCACGCAUCGCCAAAGCGUACUGCACUUUCCAACUUCCGACCAACGAGUCGGAUUUUUGGGGCAACACGGGUCCUGCUUCUGCCCCUGAGCCAAGUCUAGGUCCCUCAGAUGGAGAAAGCUCUGCUACGGUGGAUCUAGGCUCCGAUCGCCUGGAGCCCAUUAAUUAUACGGCCGAUACACGUUGCACUGUCCGGUUCGCGUGGCUGAAGGAAGAUGUUCUUGGCCUCUUCCGCCAUCGCCUGUCCCCGGAUCAAGUGGAAAAGGCAAGUGCAAUCAGGACAGCAGUCGAAAAUCAAUGGCGAGAACUACCGGCCCACUUCAAGCUUACCACAAGUAUCCGAAAUUGUCAUUCUGACCCCUUCACCCGAGAUUUCCUCGUGGGUACCCGACUUGACUACUUGCACACCCUUUUCCUCCUACAUCUAGCUUCUCUUAAGCAGAUCUCUGAGCCGGACGAAGCUCUCCUAACUGUGGCUGGAGAGAUGCUCUCUCAUGUUGUCGAGGUUAUCAUUUUACGGGAUCGUAUGGUCAAUUCUGGCACAUCCCUCAUCUGGAAGGUUGCCCAGUUUGGUCUACCUGCCGCAGGGAUCAUCUCACUUGCCCUCUUAAACCCCACCGUCAACACAGGCGCAGGCUCGUUUUCGCGAUCUAGGCUCGUGCAAGAUCUAAGCGUCCUUGUCGCAGAGAUUAGGACAGGAGCAGUAAUCCAGGCUGGGGAGCCAAACUUUGCACUAUUCACUCGGGCUACCAGCACUAUUCAGAGUCUUCUCGAUUCUGUAAUGACAUGGGGCCAACCCCGCCCAGAGACGCUCAACUCCCAAGUUGACCCCCCGGCUCAGUAUAUGGACCGUUGGGGUCCUUGCAUCAACUUUGAUCCUUGGGAAUUUGAGAUAGAUUUCUGGGCAAAUCUCGCCGAGCACCCGACGCUGCAUAGCCACGAAAACUAGAUGAUAUAUUCGUACAAAGCCCAGUCACAGAAGCGGAGCCUUGAAUUCUUGCCUUUUCACACCUGCAAUGCGGGCCGGAAGAAGCAACUCAUUGGAGACUGCAGGAAUAACCGAGGUAUUGCAUAGGCGGCCCGCUCCGACAGGGUUACCAAAGUCCUACAGUGGGAAGCAUAAAGUCCUGAUCCAAAAUAAUGUACUGAAUUGCUUGCUUACUUGAUGCAGCUAGCGCAUUUUACCGCUAUACUCUGUGCUCUGGUUGAAUAGUAUGAUAAAAUUAUAUUCUUCAUUUACAUAUGCUGAAC